GAGAUUUGAGAAAAGACAUCGAAAAAUUCAAAGACGUUAGAGAAGAAUAAUUAAACUAUGAUAUGAUAUACAGAAAAGGUAACAGCAACAAGCAUUCCUCAUUCCUACUGUCAUGCACUUUCUCUCUCUUCACAUUAGGGUUUCUCUCUCAUCAUUCACACACGCAGAUUCAGAUUCCCAUCUACUCCAUUCAUUCUCUUCAUCCAUAACUCAAUUCUCAACUCGCUGAGUUUAACUCGCCUUCUCCAAGUUAUUCAGUUAAUCGCAAAAACCACAUUUUGAUGAUUCCUAUGAAAAAUAGCCCCAAAUAAGGAAAAAAACCCAAUCUUUAAAUCAGUUGAUAAUUGUUGUUAUUUAUCUAGUUUUAGUGUUUUUAAUGGCUUCUGCUUCUGGUUCUGUUGGCUGUGAUAGUGAUAGUAGAAUUGAGAAUUUGAUUUGUGCUACUAAAUCAUUGAAAUUUAGCUUAGAGAAAUCAAAGGUUGUUGGGUUAGCAUUAGAGAAAGCAGGGCCAAGGUUAGAUGAGAUUAGGGUAAGGUUGCCUUGGCUUGAAUCUGCGGUUCGGCCGAUUCGAGCUGAGAAGGAUGCUCUUGUGGCGGUUGGAGGGCACAUUAAUAGGGCUGUUGGUCCUGCGGCUGCUGUCUUGAAGGUUUUUGAUGCGGUUCAUGGGCUUGAGAAGUCUUUGUUGUCCGAUCCGCGGAUUGAUCUACCGGGUUACUUGUCUGUUUUGAAGCGUCUUGAGGAGGCGUUGAGGUUCUUGGGAGACAAUUGUGGGUUGGCUAUUCAAUGGUUGGAUGAUAUAGUUGAGUAUUUAGAAGAUAAUUCGGUUGCGGAUCAGGUUUAUCUUAAGAAUUUGAAGAAGGAGUUGGAGAGUCUUAAGGAAUCGCAGAAUGGUGAUUUGGACGGUGGUUUGUUAGAUGCUGCUUUGGAUAAGUUGGAGAAUGAGUUCAAGUUGCUAUUAACUGAAAACAGUGUGCCGCUUCCUAUGUCGUCGAAUUCUCUUGGCGAUCAGCCUUGCAUUGCGCCUUCGCCUUUGCCUGUUUCGGUGGUUCACAAAUUGCAGGCUAUUCUUGGUAGGUUGAGGGCUAAUGAUAGACUUGACAAAUGUGUUUCGAUUUAUGUUGAAGCUAGAAGUUCUAAUGUUAGGGCAAGUUUGCAGGCACUGAAUUUGGAUUACCUUGAGAUCUCGGUGUCAGAGUUCAAUGAUGUGCAGAGCAUAGAGGUGUAUAUAGCUCAGUGGGGAAAGCAUUUGGAAUUUGCGGUGAAGCAUUUGUUUGAGGCUGAGUAUAAGCUUUGUAAUGAUGUGUUCGAGAGGCUUGGACUCGAUGUGUGGAUGGGUUGCUUUUCAAAGAUAGCUGCACAGGCUGGUAUACUUGCAUUUCUUCAGUUUGGGAAGACCGUUACGGAAAGUAAGAAAGAUCCCAUUAAGCUUUUGAAGUUGUUGGAUAUUUUUGCGUCGUUGAACAAAUUGAGGCUGGAUUUCAACCGUCUUUUCGGGGGAGAUGCGUGCGUCGAAAUCCAAAAUUUGACAAGGGAACUUAUCAAAAGUGUGAUCGAUGGCGCCGCGGAAAUUUUCUGGGAACUUCUGGUUCAGGUAGAGUUACAGAGACAGAGUCCUCCCCCUCCAGAUGGCAAUGUUCCUCGAUUGGUGAGCUUUAUCACCGAUUACAGCAAUAAACUGUUGGGGGAUGACUACAAGCCUAUACUGACCCAAGUUCUGAUCAUUCACCGAAGUUGGAAGCGUCAAAGUUUUCAGGAGAAGCUUCUUGUUAAUGAGAUUUUGAACAUAUUGAAAGCCAUUGAAUUAAAUUUGGAUGCAUGGAUAAAGGCUUACGACGAUCCUAUGUUGUCCAACUUUUUUGCCAUGAACAAUCACUGGCAUCUGUUCAAGCAUUUGAAAGGGACGAAACUCGGGGAUCUUUUAGGAGAUUCUUGGUUAAAGGAACACGAACAAUAUAAGGACUAUUACUCGACAAUAUUCUUGCGAGAUAGCUGGGGAAAGCUCCCUGGACAUUUGAGUAGAGAAGGGCUGAUUCUUUUCUCGGGAGGGCGUGCUACUGCUCGCGAUCUGGUCAAGAAAAGAUUGAAAAAGUUCAACGAAGUUUUCGACGACAUGUAUUCCAAGCAAUCAGGUUGGAUCAUGGUCGAGCGAGAUCUGAGAGAGAAGACAUGUCAGCUUAUAGUGCAAGCUGUAGUGCCUGUUUACCGGAGUUACAUGCAGAACUACGGUCCCUUGGUCGAGCAAGAAGCCAGUUCCAAUAAAUACGCAAAAUACACAGUCCAGAAGCUUGAAGAAAUGCUUCUGUGUCUUUACCGGCCGAAGCCUGCAAGACACGGCAGCUUGAGAAGUCCGCAGCUUAGUGGAAAGUACGGCAACGGAAUACCAGAUCUUCGUCGUACAGCAUCUGCAGUAGUGUAGUUUCCUACUCUUAUGGACGGUUACUGUAUAUAAUUUUUCAUUGGAGCUCAGCAAUGCAUGAGAUAGGCUUGGCUUAGAUUCUGAGAAGGAAAGUUAUUCCAUGAAAAUGAAAUUUUGUAUCUUCCUCUAAAAGGGGUUUCUGUAAAAGAUGUGCAAUAUCUUAAGAGUACCUUAGCCUAGGUGUUAUGAUCCUUUGGUCAAUAAAUGUGAACCUUUCAAUGAGGUUCUUUAGUCAUACUUCUUGCUAAGGUAAAUUAAUUAUUAUUUUUUUAUCCAUCUUCAUCAUUGUGUAUUCAGUUUGUAGAAGGAUGAUUGUACUAUGCAGAUUUAAUGUACAAUUUUUUUUAGUAUACAUGAAUUUAUAAGCUUCAAUGUUCA